AUGGAGACCAAGUUAGCAAACGGGAAGAGCACAUCGAACGGCCAUAUGAGUCCAGUGUGGCGUCCAGAUUUAUGGUUACGAGAUGUUUGUUUGGUAAGUUUGAUUGUUGGAUUCAUUUAUCGAAAAAUAUUGAUUUCAGUUUUUUAG